AUGCCUCGCAUGGUCGCACCCCCGCCUUCUGGAGAGUUCCAGGUCGUGCUUAGCAAGCCCUUCUCCGGCGCACCCACACACAUGAUCGAGGUCAUCGGCGAGCCCAACCGCCCAGCCAGCAUCCGCAUGUCCAACUACAACGGCAACUCCAAGUCAUCAGAGAAGAAGGGCGAUGUACCACAAGACGACGUCAAGGAGCUCAUGUCUCUCAUCUCCACACUCCGCGGCUUCCCUUCGCACCCCAGCAAGGACGUCUACGGCCUAGACACCAAGGUCGACUUCAACACAAUGGAGAUCCAGUGGGGCAACCAGGAUGACGAUGCUGCCAUGGAUGGUGGAGAGCUUGCUGGAGAGCAGAAGGAUGAGUUCAAGAGGAUUGUGGACAGCAUUGAGGCGCUCGCGAGGCAGUUCGCUAAGCAGGACUCCCCUGUAUAA